UAUUGAUCAUGUUCAUUACGAGUUAAUAUUUAUUAUUUCUACGAAGGCAAAUUUUCAAGGACAGUGAAAGUAAGACUGCCUUAUUUAGCGAGCGUCUUGUUUUUUUUUGUUAUUUUCUCUUUUUUCAUAGAGUGUAGACGAGAGUGGUUUUAAAUCUUUCGAGUGCACCGCGGGAAUUCCACCAUCCCCCUCCGCUGUGUUGAAAAGGCGAGGGGGGACCAUGAUCAUUUUCAGUGGGGUGAAAUGAGUGAUCGGUUCUAUGGAGACGUUUCUUGGAAUCGGUCGGAUGUCAUUGCGGUUACCCGAAGGAGAGGCCGUUGAAAGACGAAAAGAAGAAGAAGAAGAAGAAAAGGAGGAGGAGUUGGUGCCCUCGGAGUCUACCCUCAGGCGAUGGAGGUGCCCCAUAUUGUGAGACCCUUGAGACCGGCGCAGUGCCACGCUUCCCUCUUCGACCAGUUAGAGGGUAACAACGUUGGCCUUCAGAUCCCUGGACUGAGCAUUCCAGGGACUGACCUUCAGAUAACAGGAGGAGGUGGAGGUGUUGGUGGAGGAGGAAGGAGUUUAGAUGCCAUCACCUCAUCCUCCUGCCUCAGUGUGCCCCAGGCCACCCGACCCUGCAAGUCGUACGACGAUUCGAUUUUCCUUAGGCCCCAGAGAACUGUAGGAAAUGAGAGUAAGGCUCAAAGUGCUUUUCGUCCCUCCCAGCAAUCCGAUUCGUCUGCCCUCAUGUUACCUCCUUUUCUCCAAGACCCUGCACAGCCCCAGCAGCAGCAGCAGCAGCAGCUGCACUCACAUCAGCAACAGCAGCAGGAAAUCCCUGCUCCUCCUGCCCCCCUUGACAGCACUACACAAAGACAGCUGGACGAGUUCGAGGAAGUUAUUGCUCGGAUGGAGACUAUGUCCGGUGGAGGAGGAGGAGGAAGAGGAGGAGGAGGAGGAGGUGGUGGUGGGGGAAAUGACUCCCCCGCCGUGUGCCAAGGCGUUCACGCUUACCUUCCCCCGCCUGCGUAUCCAGGCCACCAUCAAGAUGUCUCUCCCCAAAGGUAUUCGCGGUCCAGCGAGAGUCAGCGAUACAGCCCUUACCACGAACAGGGCUAUUUCGUUUCCAAGCCGAACCAAGAUUAUAGCAGCCAGCAGCAGCAUCGCCAUGACUUGCAUUUUCAACAGCAUUACGGUCAUCACCACCACCAGCAACAACAACAACAACAACAACUUGAUCCUUUCCAGCAACACCAGCAACCUCUUCCGGGUGCCUUCAACAAUGACAAUCAGUACGACUCGCAGAAAGUAAAUACAUCUUUCCAGACUGACGUUGGCGUCACUAACAUGGAAACGGAUGGGUUUUUGGCUCCUGGGAUGGAGAACACGCACCAUCAUCAACAGCAGAAUCACCACCACCAUCAACACCACCACCAACACCAACACCAACACCAACAGCAACAGCAACAGCAUCACCACCAUCAACAACAGCUCGCGAAUCAUUACCGUCAACAAGUGUCCCCGCAGUUGUCACCUCAAGUGUCACCUCACGUGUCGCCCUUCACUUCUCCUUACACUUCGCCACACACGUCGCCCUCGGCGACAGUGGCAGCAGCUACGCCUCCUGGCGCGUCUCAGCCGUCGACGCCUUCUUCCAGGCCUCCCUCGAGGAGGUCUUCGGCAGACCCCGCCCCCGCUUCAAGCAUACCUCUCACGCAACCGACUUCGACGCCCACGCCUUCGCCCACGCCCACUCCUCAGGUCAAGAUUGAGGUUACUGGUCCGUGGGAGGCGGGUGGAGGAGGAGGUGGAGGUGGAGGCGGAGGAGGGAGAGAGAGAAAUGUGGAAGGCCGCGUGGUGGGGCUGCCUCCUCCCGGCCCACCUUCCAAUGUGAAGACGAUGCCUACAACCUCACGCACACAGCUCAAGCAGCAGCUGAUGCGUCAGCAGCUGCAGCAGCAACAGGAGGCCCGUGAGAGAGAUGCGCGAAUGCAGCAGCAAAGCCAGAUGCAGCAGCAACAGCAUCAACAGCAGCAGCAGCAGCAGCAGCACCAACAGCGGAUGAACCAGCAGCCGAACGGAGCCAUCACCAUCCCCGCAUCCGUUCCACCUGACGUCCCUCCUCAGGUGCUUCAGGUGCAGACCCGCCUGGAGAACCCGACGUAUUACCACGUGAUGCAGUCCCAGAGGCGGCAGGUGCGACAGUUCAUCACCUCGGGAGGGACGCCCCAGAGUACUCCUCCGUCGGGGCCUUCUACGUCGAAGGCCGCCACUGCCCCUGCUUGGCCUCACUCCGACCCUGGGGCCGGUUCCAAGACGCUGAAGUCAGGUAUUACUACUUCCCCGUCACUGACAAGCUCAAGCGUCGGAGGAGGAGGAGGAGGGGGUGGCGUAGUGGGCCCUCGAAUCGCAGGACGAGGACCUUGCUCUCCCGAGAGCCCCGCGGCAGCCUCCUCCUCCUCGUGGAACUCGACGUCCACUCCAGUUCCCUCCACGGCUCCUCCUUCGGCCGUAUCUUCAGUGAUCUCGUCGUCAGCGGCUUCCCUCUCCGAUGCUUCAGAGGUAUGUAAUCAGAACGGUGUACACAAGCAGGAAUCUGCUCCUUUUGCUCAUGUCCUAGGGGUUGAGGAUGUCAUUGAUGAGAUACUAAACCUGGAGGAGGGUCUGGAGGCUUCUGAUAACCUGAAGAAUUACGACCAAAUCAAUAACAUGGCGCCCUCACAAUUAAACAGUGUACCUGCCAUAUGUGACCUGCUGGGUCUCAAUGGAUGUAUAGGGGUCGAGACUUCAAAUUCAUGCCCACCAGAUGUGCCUCAGGUCAAGUCUGAGACAACUCCCAUCAGUGACCAACAAAUGGUUGCAUAUAUGAAGGACCGACAAAAGAAGGACAAUCAUAACAUGAUUGAACGAAGAAGAAGGUUUAACAUCAAUGACAGAAUUAAGGAGCUCGCCACCCUCCUCCCCAAAAGCAAUGAACCAUAUUUUGAGCUUGUUCGUGAUCUUCGACACAACAAAGGUCAGAUUCUCAAAGCCUCUGUGGACUACAUUCGAAGACUGAAAAUAGAUAUUGAGUACAACAAAGAAGUGGAGGCUAAACGCCGUGCCCUCGAACAACAGAAUCGCCAGCUCCUUAUCCGGAUACAAGAGCUGGAGUCAAAGCUGCGUGAUAAUGGCAUCAAAGUGGAAGAGGCUAACAUUGAUCAGAGUUUGUUACUUUCAACAUUAAUCAAGUCUGAGGUGGUAAACAAUAAUACAGGGGGUCAGAAUGACAUGAAGAAGGUGAGGUGUAACUACAGUCUCCCCGGAUCCCUGCUUGACGAGCUACUGGAAGAUUUCACAUCUGGUGGCUUUAACCUUGACCUGAUGGAUGAUGAUGGACCAGCCUUCACUAGUGAUCCAGUGUUCUCGUCACCUCAAGUGUCCUCCCCCAAUUCGUCUCAUCACUCUUUUGAAGACGCUUUAACACCAGAUUCCAUGGAUAUUGUUGCGUGAUAUCACAGAACUUUAUGAAGUCAAAGUGUGGGAUACUCAAAAGAAAAAAGGAAAAAAAAUGAAAUUGUCAGUUUAAGAUAUUUUAUAUGAAAAUGACAUAUUGGUCAUUCUUUAUAUGAAUUUAUCAUUGCACUAAGAAAUUACCUAACAGUUUCAUCGUAUGUUUACAUAAUUUAAUAUUUUUGUAUAUAAGUACUAAUGCAAUGAUUUGUUCAGUUCACACAUUUUAUAUUUGUUUAUGAGUAUUACUGCUUAAUAUUUCUGCUGGUAGAGUACUUUAUGGUCUGAGUGUAAUAAAGUUGGUUGUUUGGCAUAUUGCCUAUCCACAUGUUUCUCAAGUCAAAGAGGCUCUUGUAUGAAUCUUUCAUGGAUGAAUAGCUUCUCAGUAAUCAUAUCAGAAGUCAGAGAUAACUUAUUGAUGCUGGUAGUCAAUUGUCAAAAGUGUGCAUGGUAAAGCAUCAGUAUUGCGUGUCAAGAACACAUUCAUUUCUAAAUAAUCUCAGUUUUUUUUUCAUCAGUGGCAGUGUGAAAGUUCAUCUGAAAAGUACCAUAUCAUAUGUUUACAUGCCCAUAUAUAUAGUACCCAUUCAUAUAGAGAAGUGCAGUACCUUUAAAAUACAUUUAUUGUUCAGGAGGAUAGGCAUGAUUGCUAUGGGUCAGUACAGAUAAUGGAAAUUCCAUUUUAAUUUAUUUAUUAUUAGACUAAAUGUUAUUUAUAGGUGCCCAGUUUUUUAUCCUGUCACUGAAUUUUUGCCUUAACAUACUCAAAGUUUAGUUCUUAUAUUUUUCUGUUUUUUAUCACUAUACUUCCGGUAGGAUCUAUUUAAAGUUAAUAUAUACCAUACAGUCUUGACAAAAAACUGACCCUUAUAUAGAAUUUUUACUCUUAAAGGUACUGUACUACUCUCUGAUCAUUUUAAAGUAUAUUUUUGAAAGGCAGUACAGUGAAUUAAAAUAAAUUGAAUAAUUUUGUUGGUAGGUACACAAAAUUAUGGAAGGUAUACUAGUAGAGUAUAGGUAAUCUUUGUGAUGUCAAGAAAUUUAUAACUAUAGAACUUCAUUUGUUGUUCAGCUACUAUUUAGUAAUUCAUACAUUACUAUUCAGUUUCUCAGCAUUUUAAAUUCAAGAAUUCUGUUAGAUGGCACUAUUGUGUCAUUGGUUGCAGAGUUUUCCAUGAGCAGUUACUCUUCAGGAAUUAAUUGAUGAUUUAGGUAAGGUGUGUCCUUGGUUGCAAAAAUGUAGAAGUUUAAUAGUGUCAGUUCCUGUUACAGUAUUGAAUAAUAUUUUUGAAAAUACCUCUUGAACAACUGUGUUAAUAAAGCACUAAACUAUAAGGAAAUACCUCUUCAGAUAUCAUACCAAAAUAGUUUAGUUACUAAGUUAAUGUUAAAAAGCAUAAAAUACCUCUUAAAUUUAGUAACUGCAUUAACAAAGUUAUGAAAUACCUCCUGCAACAUUUCUUUAAUUAUUGCAUUCUAUCAUUUAAUUACUACCUUUAACAAAUUUCCUCUUUUAAUCAUUGUUUUCAUAAUAAUCCUGAAUUUGGUGUGAAGUACAUAUUAAAAUAAUUUUAACAAUAACAUUCAGUGAGGAAGCCAUUAAUUGGUACCUGAACAAUGAAUCCACAAAAUAACUUAUUCAGUUAAGAUUUAAAGUUACUAUUUUUUUUAGAUAUAGGUAAUUUUUGAAGUACUUUUACAUUUCUUUGAAUAAUUUUAUCUUUGGCAGUCUUUGAUGCACCUUUUGGAACUGUUAAGAAAGAUGAAUAAGAGGGAAUGAAUAGAUUUCAGGCGUGGUAGUGAACUGUUAUAUAUGAGAUAUAGCUGUUAUAUAUGUGAUAUGAUACCUGGUCAUUAAUAGAUUUCUAAUUCUAAUUAUUUCUUGGACUUUUGUGUUGCCAAUCUAAAUAUUCUUAAUCCCAGCAUAUAAAAAAAUAUGUUCACUGUACAGUAGAUUCAUCAAAAUUUCAUGUUAUCUCACAGUAGAUAUAAUUAAUAUGACAAUUAGUAAGACAAAAUACUAUUGUGCAUUUUCAAAAACAAGCAUUUAUUUCAAGACUAUAAAUGAUACCUUUUUAUAUGUUUGUCAUUUUCAAAGUUAAGGGUGCAUUUUGCACACUACAGUCCCAGCAAUUUACUGCAAGUCACAAAUUGAUGAGCAGUAAUACUAUUCAGAAAUAAUGACUAAUGUAAAAAGCUGUAGUAUGAACACCUGUUUAAUAUUUGAUUGACCUUUUCUGUCUUGUAAAAAUAAUGUUUCUUUUGCUUAUAGUCUGAAAAUGCAUGAAAUAAUUCCAAGUGCUCUGUUAUUAAAUUUUUAGCUGGUUUAAACAUAUCAAUUAUUCACCUGUGAUUAAUAAAACAAAGGUAAGCCUUAUGCCAGAUAUUGUUAAAAAGAUACAAACUUCUGGUAAGGCAGUGUGUAAUUGUGCCAGUGAAUGCUUGAUUGUGUGAAAGAAAUAAAUGUUGGAAAAACUAUUAUUACUUGUCUUUUGAUAUGCUUAUUUAAAGGUGUACAUAACUUGUGAUUCUUAGUUGUAAUUUGAAUACUUUUUUAUGUAAAUUUUCUCUGUUCAUAGACAAAGGGUGCAUUGAAUAUGGUAUUUUUGCUUUUUGCCUGAUCAUAAUAGUAUAUACUGUGUUUGUACAUCCUUUGUCAAGUAGAUUUUUAUCUAACAAUAAGAGUAGCUUUGUACUAUUAGGCAAGUCAUAAUACUUAAUAUAUAACUGGCAUGGCAGAAAGUUUCACUAACAUGCAAUUUGAAUAACAUAUAGAAUGGUUGUUGCUGGUGCAGCCAACUUAAAUCUGACAUAAUUACUAGAUAUUUAGAAUUUGGUGUUAUUUUACGUACAACAUUGGAAAACUAAAAAUUCAAAACCACAGUGAUAUCAUUACCGUAAACCAUUGCACACUCAUUGAGAGGUUAAAAGUGAGACCUCAUAGUUUGGGCAAUCAAGAAUAUAGGCCUUGCUAUUCUUGAGUUUUUUACUCAUAGAAAACUGUGUAAAUAGGAAAUAUGGAGAAUAAUUAUUUAUGUAGGUAUACAAUUCCUGGAGUAAUGAAUGAGCAGCAUACUACAAUGACAUUCAAAUCUUAUAGUCAGACUUAUGCUGUAACUGUAAAUACUGUAUUCAUCUUCAGCUGUAGUGUUAAAGUUUGUUUAUAUUUUAAAAACUGGUAAACUACACUUGCCAUACGUAUAUAUUAAUUUUUAAACAGUACUAUAUAGAAUUGUACACCAUGGUAUCACACAACAGAAGUCUUCUCUUACAAGCAAAUACUGUGAUUAUCAUGGUUAGUACUGUUCCAUUUUUUUAUGAUGUAAUAUUUUGUUUUUAUAUGUCAAUUAGUGGUUUUACCACAGCCUUACGUUGUUAUGCUGGGGUGGAGUAGCCAAGUCCACCACAACUGAAAAGACAAGACAAAAAAUAAAAUGUAUAUUUGAAGUA